ACUAGCUUUGAGAAAACAUGUUGUAAUAGAAUUAUUCACUACAUCUCCCAAACCAUAUUUAAAGCAGACCGACAAUAUCCCCAACCUCCUUUCCUUCACCAUACAAAAUCCCAAAAUAAAUCCACCCAAAUCUACCUUUAAACAUACACACACAAACCCAUGACCCAAAAUCAGUUCCUUUCCCUCUCUCUCUUCCUCCUAACAUUCCUCACCGCUGGCCCGCUAAGCCGGACCCUGACCGAUGCCGCCGGGGGCGGCAACUGGGCCGUGCUAAAGCCCAGCAUCGGCAUCUCAGCCAUGCACAUGCAACUCCUUAACAACGACAAGGUUGUAAUCUUCGACCGGACCGACUUUGGCCGGUCCAACAUAUCCUUGCCCAACGGGAAAUGCCGUGUCGACCCGAACGACACGGCAUUGACAAACGACUGCACUGCCCACUCGGUCGAGUACAACGUUGCGACGAACGGUAUUCGCGCGCUCACCGUCCUCACCGACGUGUGGUGCUCCUCCGGAGCACUAACGCCGGACGGCCGUCUGAUCCAGACGGGUGGGUUCAACGACGGCGAUCAUGUGGUCAGGAUUUUCCGGCCGUGUAGUGGGUGUGACUGGGAAGAAAUAAACUCUGGUUUGACUAACAGAAGAUGGUAUGCCACCAAUCAGAUUCUACCAGACGGACGGCAGAUUAUUAUAGGCGGCCGCAGGCAAUUUAAUUACGAGUUUUACCCGAAAACUUCGGCAACCGUAGCAUAUAAUUUACCUUUUUUGGUCGAGACCAAUGACCCACAAGAAGAAAAUAAUUUGUACCCAUUCGUGUUUCUGAACACGGAUGGAAAUUUGUUUAUUUUCGCGAAUAAUCGAGCGAUUUUGUUCGAUUAUUUGAAGGAUGUGGUGGUGAAGAAGUACCCGCAAAUGCCCGAUGGGAACCCGAGGAGUUACCCGUGCACCGGAUCCGCCGUCCUGCUUCCCUUGAAAUUGUUUCAAGGAAAUGCAGCUGGAGGAGCUGAGGUCCUGGUGUGCGGGGGUGCACCGAAAGGAACGUACACCAGCGCGAAGAAGGGGACCUUCGUCGGGGCCUUGAACACGUGCGGGAGGAUCAAAAUAACCGACCCGAACCCCCAAUGGGUCAUGGAGAACAUGCCCACGGCUCGGGUCAUGGGGGACAUGGUUAUGCUUCCGAACGGCAACGUUUUGAUUAUCAACGGUGGGUCUGCGGGCAGUGCGGGUUGGGAAUACGGUAGGAACCCGGUUCUGAAUCCGGUUAUUUACCAUCCCAAUAACCGGGCUGGGUCUCGGUUCGAGGGUCAGAACCCGAGCUCCAUACCCCGAAUGUAUCAUUCCGCCGCAAUUUUACUGCGUGACGGUCGGGUUCUGGUUGGCGGUAGCAACCCUCAUAUCUACUACGUUUUUACCAACACCCUUUUUCCAACAGAGUUAAGCUUGGAGUCUUUCUCGCCGUCGUAUUUGGAUCCGGGUUCCGCAAACUUGCGUCCGAAUAUUAUUUCACCAGUUUCUCAAACCAAGAUCGGACACAAACAACGAAUAGUGGUGCGGUUCACAGUCCCGGGCAUGGUAAAUGCAAAUUUGGUCUCCGUAACGAUGGUCGCACCCACCUUCACUACACAUUCUUUCGCUAUGAACCAAAGGCUUCUAGUGUUGGGUGGAGGGACUGUGAGUACAGUGGGCAUGUCAACCUAUGAAGUUGGGGUGGUGACUCCGGGUUCGGGUAUUCUUGCCCCGUCCGGAUUCUACAUGCUCUUUGUGGUCCAUCAAGAAAUACCCAGUCAAGGUAUUUGGGUCCAGAUCCAGUGACUUUAUUGUAAUUGAAGCGUACCCAUAGAUUAUUCUUUAAUACUAUAUAUAUAUAUAUACAAUUAUUUUCAAA